ACACUCUUUGGUUGAACUCUUCGCACCUUACCUUCUAUUCUCAAGGAAACCUUUAUCCAUGGCCCGAGGUAUCAUACUGCUCCUGCUUGUGACCCCCCUCGCCAUCUCCAUGGCACUGCCAUCACUAUCAACGAGAAUCGAAGGGAGUGUCAUAGGGGAGAGAUCCAACUUGUUCUCACAGCUGCACUCCGAUAAUUCUAGCCCUACAGAAAACAAACUCCAACCAGGUGAAAAGUCCUUUGCAUCGGAGGCAUAUGCGGUGAACUGGAACGAACCACCAGACCAACAAUCGCAAGACUCCCUCGAGCAGCUAGAGCCGUAUCGAGUGAUAUGGAAGCAACCAGUGCAAGGUGAAAAGUCCUUCGUAUCCGAGGCAUAUCCGGCGAAAUGGAACAAACCACCAUCACCAAGCAAGCAAUCGCAAGACUCCUUCGAGCCAGAGGCAUAUCGGGUGAAAUGGAACAAAUCACCACCACCACACCAACAAUCGCAAGACUCCUUCGAGUCGGAGGCAUAUCGAGUGAAAUGGAACAAAUCACCACCACCACACCAGCAAUCGCAAGACUCCUUUGAGCCGGAGGCAUAUCGGGUGAAAUGGAACAAAUCACCACCACCACACCAACAAUCGCAAGACUCCUUGGAGCAGGAGGCAUAUCGGGUGAAAUGGAACAAAUCACCACCACCACAACAACAAACGCAAGACUCUUUCGAGCAGGAGGCAUAUCGGGUGAAAUGGAACAAAUCACCACCACCACACCAGCAAUCGCAAGACUCCUUCGAGCCGGAGGCAUAUCGGGUGAAAUGGAACAAAUCACCACCACCACACCAGCAAUCGCAAGACUCCUUUGAGCCGAAGGCAUAUUGGGUGGGAUGGAAGAAACAUGCGCAAGGAGCAACGGACGUUGCUGAUGAGACAACGCCAGCACGUGGUCAUGGUCUGCAUGUCGCGACCGGGAUGCUCUUCACGAGGAAGAGCUUGCUUCCAGGGACAGCCCUACCGGAAGGUACCAAGUUCUGCGGCCACGGCUUCCUCGAUCCCGAGAGGUUUGAACUACGAGCGGAUGCGGAUGCCAUCCCGUUCAGCUACAGCCAGCUCGACACCAUCCUGAGGAUGUUUCGGAUCCCUCGGGGGUCCAAGAAGGCAGAGCAAGUCGCCGCCACGCUCCGGACAUGCGAGGCUGAGUCCCCAGAGGCUCAUGCCUGCGCCACCUCCGAGCAGGCGGCGGCCGACUUCGCUGCCUCCUCGCUCGGGGUCAGGGCCAGCAAGCUGGUCGCGCUCGUCACCACCGUCCAUGGGGGGAAGGACGCCACUAGAUACGUGGUGGCGCCCAACGGCAUCACACGCAUCGGCAAGGCGGCAGGGGCCGCGGCCGUAGUGCCGUGCCACCCGAUGCCGUACCCGUACAUGGUCCACUACUGCCACCAGCCGGCGGACGUGGAGGCGCUCCGUGUUGAGCUGACCGGGCUCGGAGACGGUGGCGUGACAACCGCGAUCGCCAUGUGCCACGCCAACACCAUGAACUGGGACGAUCGCUACUUCCAAAUGCUGAACGUGACGCGCGGCGAGGAGAUCUGCCACUUCAUGCCGCGCAACUAUGUGCUCUGGCUACCAGCUGCCGAGCUUCUAGGGAACUAGUGGCAAUGCCACUAUGUUAGGUGUCGUUGCUUUGAUAAAAUGAAGUGUAUGACAAUGACAGCAUCAACAAUUGUUCGUAUGAACAUAUGGUUGGACAUGAUAACUGCGAGAAAGAGAGGAUAUAUGUUGUUGCGCCC